GCCCCUUCAGCCCCUCUCUCCGUGCUCCUCCCCAUCAUUCCCCUCCCCAGUUCCCCCUCUCUCUCCAUGCUCUCACCGCCGUCGGCGGUGAUUCCGUUCUCCCUCCGCGCCCCACACACACGCUUUACAUACACACAACCAACCCAUACACACGCACAUCUCUCCCUUUCCCCUCUAUCAUCCACCACCGUCGCCGCCCCCGGCAUGCCCACACACAGCCGCACACACCAAAACAACACACACAGCUCCGUUUUGCUCUCCGUCGACCACUCCACUUCCCUCUGCGCCUCCGGCUGCCAAAGCUGGCGACGUGCCGCGGUGGUGCCCCCGCCGCCACCAUCUCCGAGACCUCUCCCCUUUCUUCAAUUCAACACCAAAUACAACAACACCCAAGCUUAAUUUACAAAUCCAAUACACAAAAUUGAAAAUCCCAAAUUGGGUUUAAACCCUAAUUUGUUCCAAAAUUUUGGGAAGAACUUCUAUUUAUAAACAAAUUUAAUAAAUUGCGAUAAUUAUUAUUUACACCAUUUAAUUUUUUAUUUUUUUUUUGUAAUUAUGGUGAUCGGGGCUUAUAUUUUAAGCCCAGUUGUUACAAGGACGGACGUUGAGAAAGUAAAGUAGACAGAGAAGAGGGGAAAUUAGGGUUUGGGAGAAUGGACGGCUGCAAGGGUGCACACCAUCUUACGGCGAAUCAGCAAGCGGGUCCAAAGAAACAGAAGAAGGGAGAAACAUCAAAGGGAAAAUCGAGGGAAGAACGAUUGGACAUGUACAUAGCACAUUUUAAGGAUUCGACAAUAAUUUCUGCAUUCGCAAAGGAUGUAGAUACCAGUCGCCCUCAUAGGAUGACGUUUCGGGAGUAUGCCAGUAUGCGUCUUGACGAGAUAGAAAACGAAAACUUUGACCUUGAAGGAGACUAUUCGAAUAUCACUGAGGCUGGUCCCCUUGUUCGUCUCUACGACCCCGAAGCAAAUAUCAGGGUGUCUGAUCCAGAUGUGUUCACUGAAAUCAUGGAUUGCUCGCGUUUAGCAAUUGAGGAUUACAACAAGUCAAAUGGAACACACUUUGAGGUUGUGAAUUUGCUCAAGGCCAACGUUGAGGCUCUUUGUGCUUAUAGGUACUACAUCACGUUUGAAGCCAUUGACAAAACUCAAAACAUUACUCAGUCCUUUCAAGCUAAGGUCGCUGUUUGUAUCCCUAUUACUGUUAGAGAUGUUCAGUUGGUUCGGAUCAGACAGCCCCCUGAACCUUAUUCUCCAUGAAAUUAGGCCAUGAGCAACAAGGGAUAUGACCUUUGUUCGUUUUAUGUGUCAGAGUAAACCGUGGGUGAUGGCAGGUAACAUCUAACUAGUGUGUCCGAUAUGAGUAAACCGUUGGUGAUGGCAAGUAACAUCUAACUAUUGUGUCGCCUCGGUUUUAAAUAUUAUCUAAUGUCUAUCUAUGUAAUAAUUAAUUUGAAGCUACAGGGGAGUACCCCCAACGAUUAUGCUUCUUAGGUUCUUGACUUGGAUGGAUUCUAUUCUCUCGUAUGUAUUAUAUAAUUGUGUGUCUAUCUAUCUAUUAUCUAUGCAAUGGCUUGGACAUUAAUGUUGA